AAGUUUAAAUUCCGCUCCCUCCACGAGAAAGAGUUGUAGUGAGUGAAAAUAAACAUUAAAACACACGCAAAUGUAUUUUCCUGGCUGCAGCACCUGCCGUCUUGCCUCGGUAGGAGUCAUUUUCAAAAACAGCAGCUUCUUGAGGCCCAGGACGCAUUCCUGUGCUACGGAAAGCGGAAGAGUAGCUCUCGGGGUCAGAAGGCGAAGGUUAGAGGGCCGAAUUGGCGGGAGAAUAGGUUGGUGGUCCACGAUCUGAGGCAACGGUGGCUCCGCGAGGUGCACGGUCCCGGGAGUGAUAUGAGGAUUCUUGCUUUUCUGGAAGCUAACACAUAGUCAGUGCCAAAGUAGUGACAGAAGAAAUCUUGGGAGGAAGCAUUUUUGCCUUGUACUUGAAACAGCUGCUGGGCCACCAUGGCUCCUGUGAAGAUCAGCCAUGUGGUAUCAUUUUCUUCUCAGGAUCCCAGGUAUCCUGUAGAGAACUUGCUAAACCCAGAUAAUCCAAGGAGACCUUGGCUCAGCUGCCCUCAGGACAAGAGUGGGCAACUGAAAGUAGAACUACAGCUGGAGAGGGCAGUGCCCAUUGGCUACAUUGAUGUGGGUAACUGUGGCUGUGCAUUCCUGCAAAUUGAUGUGGGCCGUUCUUCCUGGCCCCUGGACAGACCUUUCGUCACCCUGCUCCCUGCAACCAUGCUAAUGUCUCUAACUGAUUCAAAGCAGGGGAAGAACCGCUCUGGGGUCCGCAUGUUUAAAGAUGUUGAUUUCCUGGCUCCAACCUCAGGAGAGUUAUGGGAUCGACUUCGCCUGACCUGCUCCCAACCCUUCACGCGUCAUCAGUCCUUUGGCCUGGCCUUUCUACGGGUGCGUUCUUCUCUGGACUCCUUAGAUGACUCUGUGUUGGGUCCCUCAGCCCUUGUGAGCUCUGUGCUGAACAAGGGUUCUGAUGCUCAGGAGUCUGGUCCUAGCCCCUGGCUAGCUAAUCCUUCCAUCCGGAGGACAUUCUUCCCACAUCCCCAUACGGAUACCAAGGAAAUUUCAGAGCUCAGGAAUAUCCUAACACAGAUGCAGCCAGGGACUCUGGGGCGUUCAGCCCACAUGGUGCUUUCUGCUGCCCGCAGGGUGCCUCCAGUCAGUGUGGCAAGCCCAAAGAACAACCAUGCAGAAUCAGGUUCCAGUCCUCCAGACAGGGCAGAGCCCAGAGCAGAGGAGCAAAACUCUGAGAAUGAUGUGGGCAGAAUGAAAAGAAGGAAAGUGCAGCACCAAAGGCCUGUAUCCAACUCUAAUUCUCGGCCAAACAGGAGGGAGACAGCAAGAGCAAGGCAAAAAAAACAGCACCGACCCCAGGCCCAAAGCAGUGGUGACCAGGAUAGUGGACUGUGCCCGAUUUGUGCAGGCUCCUUCAGGAUUGAGAUUCUUCCCCAGCAUGCUGCCACUUGUGGAGAGACCUCCCCACCUCACCCAGCUUCUCCCUCCUCAUCAUCUUCGUCCCAGUCUGUACUGUGGGUGUCCUCCCCAGAAAGUUCACCCCCUGUCUCCUGGGUUCAGUGCCCUAUCUGCCAGUUGCAGUUCUCAGCAAGAGAAAUAGAAGAGCAUGCCAGUAUAUGUGGGGACUUCCCUCAGGCAUGA